CAAAUUUCUUCGCGUAAUUAUUCUUUUCUUUUAUUCUUUCUUCUUCUUAUUAUUAUUAUUCAUUUUAAACAAUCACUGAAUGCGGUAUUAAAUAUUCCUCCUCAUGUCUUUUAUUUCCAACUAUAUACAAGUACACGAUGACCCUACUCUGGUGAUUCCUUUUUUAUCUCAGGUUCAACAAGAAAUACAUGUACUCGAAUCAAAUGAAGUAGGUUCCUUGGUUAGUUACUUGUUAGCCGAUCUUGAUAUUAAACCAAAGAAUGGAGAAUGGGAUGAAACUGUUAUGACUAAAGCUCUAUUAACUUUGAAAUAUCUUGGUCGACGUAUUGAAGACAGUGAUAUGCUUUACAAAAGACAGGGUAUUAUUAUCUUGAUGAAAUUGGCGGGAUUUUUGGCGUCAAAAGAUGAAUUGUUGGAUAAUAGCUCAAGUCAAGAAGCUCUGAAAUGUAUUGCUAACUGUAUUCUACUCAAUGGAAAUGGAGUCAAACAAUUACUACUUGAAUCUGAAUACACCAUCAAUACAUGUGUUCGAUUACUUGAUUCUGAUAUUAUCUCUAUAGAAACACAGUUUUUGAUAUGUCGGAUCCUCUAUCUCAUGAUUUCAUUGGAUGAGCAUAGUAUUCUCAAUGAAUUGAUGGAUUUACAAGUACCAACUGCACUUGCCAAGAUCUUAACCCGACAUGUUCAACAAUGGAUGCGUGACCCAUCUUCUAUGGAAACCUCAUCUAAUGCCAAUAAUAUCACUACCACAAUACCUCAACAACAACGAUCACCUUGCACUCUUGUCAUUGAAGUGAUCAAAUUGGAAAAUAUCAUGGUGACCGCUCUUGUAGAAAGUAAAACCAUACCGGAUGACAACAUUGAUUCAACUUUGGAUAUGAUCAAGGAACAAGUGGCUGAACAAUUUGCAGAAAGUCUGACGCCUAUCUUGGAUCUAAUCUUUAUUUUGCCACAUCCUGCGCCUUUUCCGUUAAUCUCAACUGCACCUCUGACUGUUGCCUUACGAUCUCUUGAUAAUUACACUCAUCCUGUUUUCCGCAAAGUGUGGUAUGCUUCUCCAACUAUUAUACAUCUCUGUCCAACUCGAGAGUCAUCCAUUGCUUUAUUUGUUAACACUGUGAUCAAGAUUUUGAAAAAUACAUUAAUUUAUAUGAUGCCACCUCGACCUUCUUCUUAUUCUGGUAUUCAACCCUUAUCUGGUAGUGAUGUGAUUCCUCCUUUCUUGAAACAGCAACCGCCCUCGGAUAUCGAUUUGGAUCAUGAUUUGGCCCUUGUCUUGUCUGUAUUGACAGUUUCUUUAGUCUAUGCGAAUGAACUGGCCCCCGAUUUGAAGUAUACCCUUGUUCCUAUGCCCCACUCUAAUGAUGAUGAUGAUGAACGUCGUAUAUCUCAAAUGAUCUUUAGUCGUCUUGUCAAAAUUUUAUCCUACUCAAGAUUUCCUCAAUCCAAAGAAAUGGUGGUUGAAUUGUUGUAUACCCAUGUCAAAGAAGAUGAUGCCAAGUUAAUUGAAUUGAUAGGGUAUGAUUAUUCCAAACCAUUCUUGAUCACCAAAGGUCGAGAUACCACAUUGCUUGCCACCAAAACACUGAAUACCAAUACUACUAUGGAACAAGACGAUAUACAGGAUCCUGUUACCCAGAUAGCCGAUAUGACCGAUGAAGAAAAGGAACGUGAAGCUGAACGUUUAUUCAUUUUGUUUGACAAGGUCCAACUUCAAGACAAAAAAAUAGAUUAGUUUAUAUAUGUAGUUAUUAUUUAUUUAUGCUUGUUGUAAUAAAAUUGAUAUCGUACGUAUGAUGAAUAAGAUGUGAUGAUCUGAAUGAUGACAUUGUAGUACGAUAUAUGAUGGUUAUAUGACGAACGAUGAUAAACGA